GGGGGCAGAGCAGACGGGGCCGGACCAGACAGGGGGUCCCCCAGCGCUUUCCAGCAGCGCACCAAUCCUCAGCUCGGAACGGCUCGGUUGGAGGUUUCAGUCCGGGGAACCGACCAAAACAGGGCUAUGGCUCGCUGCGGAGCCCCGACGGAAUACCCAAACGUAGACUUUUACGCUUGAACUCACUGAGCAUGUCCACGUUUGACAGGACGCGGGAACACUCUGCAUAAUUACUUUCUGAGUACCCACUCGCGGUGAACCGAUCGACCGAAUGCCGAAGCAGCAACGGAGACGGACCUCGAAGGAGGCUGUGGCGGGGAUCAGCAACGACGGCUCCCGUCUGGAGCGCAAGCAAUGCGGUAAGUCCACCGAGGUUUGCAAUGAACUCCAAAGUGAAACAGCAACAGCUCAGAGUCAGAGGAAGGCAGCACGCCGCUCUCCCCCGUCCGCCGCUCCGCCCUCAGCCCCCACGGAGCGCACGGAGGAGCGCCGGGUGCCGCAGGUGACCAUCACCCCAGAGGGGUGCGGCGCCUCCCGGGAGAUGCAACAGGGUGACUGGGACGAGGUGGUGGAGGGGCCGCUGAGGAGGAAACUCUCCAACUCGUCCAUCUCGUCGACGGGUUCCUCCGUGGUGGAGUCGGAGGAUGACAUCCUGAGUGACAGCGAGAGCAAAGGCAUCAUCACGUUGGAGCACCUUGGUGGAGUGGAGAGCGGCGAGCAUACCAAGUCCUGGUGGAAGCUGAAGACUGUGGUCCACUGGCCCUUCGUCGCCAGUCAGAGGAAACGCCUCAACUGGGUGCAGCUUGCUGGACACAAAGGGAACUUCAAGGCAGCUGGGGAGGGCAGCAUCCUGAAGAAGUUCUCGGAGAACGAGAAGCAGUGCUUCGAGCGACUGAGCGGAGACGCACUCCAACCCUUCGUUCCCCAGUUCCUGGGGGUCGUGGAGAAGGACGGAGAGUCCUUCUUGCACAUGACGGACCUGCUGGCGACCUUUGACCUCCCCAACGUCAUGGACUGCAAAAUGGGAAUAAGGACGUACCUGGAGGAGGAGCUGGUGCGGGCCCGGGACCGGCCCAAGCUGAGGAAGGACCUGUAUGAGAAGAUGGUAGAGGUGGACGGCCAGGGGCCCACGGCGCUGGAGCAUGCCCAGAAGGGCGUCACCAAGCCCCGCUACAUGCAGUGGAGGGAGACCAUGAGCUCCACACACACCCUGGGCUUCAGGAUAGAGGGCAUCAAGAAAGCAGACGGGACGUGCAGAACGGACUUCAAGAAGACGCACAACCAGCAGGACGUCACCGCAGUCUUCAGGGACUUUGUGGAGGAAGACGACAGUAUUGUAAGGAGCUACCUGGGCCGUCUGGCUGAGAUCCAGCAAGUCUUGCAGACCUCAGAGUUCUUCAAGAGACACGAGGUCGUGGGCAGCUCUCUCUUGUUCAUCCACGACCACACGGGCCGCGCCGAGGUUUGGCUCAUCGACUUCGGGAAGACCUCGGCUCUACCGGAGGGCCAGAUGUUGAGCCACGCCGUGCCCUGGCAGGAGGGCAACCGGGAGGACGGCUACCUGUGGGGGCUGGAGAACCUGGUCCAGCUCCUGGAGGCCGUGGACUGCGGGGCCCCCGGGGAGGAGACCCGGGCGUCCCCAGGGGAGGAGACCCGGGGGUCGGGGGCCGGCGAGCCAGCGAGCUCCUUCCUGGACCCAGACACUCAGUGACUCAGGAGGACGAGACCCAAACGCGCAUGGGAGGGAACCCUGUACUCAAGAUGUGGGAGGUGUUCUGGAAGGUUCUGGGAGGUGUUCUGGAAGGUCCUGGGGUGUUCAGGAAGGUUCUGGGAGGUGUUCUGGAAGGUUCUGGGAGUUGUUCUGGAAGGUUCUUGGAGGUGUUCUGGAGUGUUCUUGGAGGUGUUCUGGAGUGUUCUAGGAGGUGUUCUGGAAGGUUCUGUGAGGUGUUCUGGAAGGUUCUGGGAGGUGUUCAGGAAGGUGUUCUGGAAGGUUCUGGGAGGUGUUCUGGAGUGUUCUGGGGUGUUCAGGAAGGUGUUCUCGAAGGUUCUGGGAGGUGUUCUGGAGUGUUCUGGAAGGUGUUCUCGAAGGUUCUGGGAGGUGUUCUGGAGUGUUCUGGAAGGUGUUCUGGAAGGUUCUAGGAGGUGUUCUGGAGUGUUCUAGGAGGUGUUCUGGAGUGUUCUGGGAGGUGUUCUGGAGUGUUCUGGAAGGUGUUUUGGCUGUUCUUUGUGUUCUGAGGUGGCGUGGUUCGAUGAGAGUGCUGAGGUAGUACUGGGGGUUUAAGAAGAGCAAAGCUACAAUAAACUGAUGUUCAGAGUAAAUGAUACAUUAUGGAUUUAGGAACGAGUACAGGAGCAGCGUUGGGUUAAUCACCUUUCCCAGAAAAAACAAGAUGAAAAAGAAAGAAAAAUGGAUAACCUAUUCACUUAUGGGCAGGUUUAGAAUCAGCAGAAUCCAUUACCCGUACCAGACAGUUCACUGACUGCAGGUGGGAAACUCUUAUUUUUUAAAUGAGUCAUAAGAGUUUUCAACCCCAGACUUGGUCUGAAUAUCACAAUUAUAAGUACAUAAUUAUGGUGAAAUUUUGUAUUAACAUUUCUAGAUUAAGUAUUCAUUAUUAGAUAUUAAUUGCACACCCACCCACCAGAUCAUAUAACUACAUUACCAAUACAUCACUAUACUGUGGCACAUACACAUUGUGAUAUUCACUAUAUGUAUUUCAAACUUAUUUAGAUAUUUUAAUCAUGGAUUGACCAAUUCAUUUGUUUAGUGUUUGCUGACUUGAUUUUUGGUUGGUUCAGGAUAUAUAUUCAGGUAAUUUUGUCAGGUGAAGAUACUCCAAGAGGCAGCAAACUGCUGUCCUUCCUUCAGCUAGGAGGGCCAGGCAGCAGAGUGGAGACAGGCUGAGGUUCUGUGAAGGACUUAAAGCUGCCUGUGGUCAUCAUACAAAACACUAUUGCAGUCUCCUAGAAACACUGGCUGGGAUAUCAAUAAUUAAAAAGAUGUAAAGCAUA